GGCAUAAAUAAAAAGACAAAGAAGCCUUUCGACUUUAUAAAAAUGGCUUCUUUGCACAAAUUAUCGGUUCUAGUUACCCUCAUUUCGUCCUUCAUCUUGUCCAUUGCUGUGCAGGUGCAGAGCAACGACUUGAUAAUGACAGCUUGCUCGGGCACUACCUCAAAACAGUUAUGUUUAGAUCAUUUGAAAGCUGAUAAGCAUGUCACAGCAGCAGCAUCAAAAGAAUUGGACUUAGGAUUGGCCAUUAUUAAAAAUCUUAUAGGGCAAGCAAAAAUCACACAUGACUAUGUACUGAAAAAGAAAUUAGCAAAUCCAGCAUAUGGUUUUUGUGAAACAAAAUGGGCUGAUAUGGUCUCUGGUUUCGAAAGAGUUUUGGAGACUACUACUAAAAACAAAGGGUACCAAGAAGAUACAGAUGACUAUGAUUUUAUGGUUAUUGGUGAUUAUGUAGGAAACUGUAUAAUGGCUCUUGAAGAAGCAAAAAUUGUAGAUCCUGAGAUUGCUAAAGGAGGAGAUGUGGUCAAAACGUCCAUAGCUGCUGCUAACACAAUACUGACCCAGCUAAAAGCAAAAAACAGGAAUAAAGAUGAAUAAAUUAUCACCCCUGAGGAAAGUGAACCAACUGCAUUGAAUUGUCAUUAUUCUCAAAUCUGCAACCAGCAAUGCCCUAGUGCUGUUGUUGUUGCUGUUGUUGGUAGUUAAAUAAAGGAAAGAAAAAAUUGAUUUGUUUUCGUUGUUGUUUGUUGUUCCUUUUCAUUUUGUUCGGAUGGUUGUCUCCCAUAAUGUAUUGUUUUCUACCAUAAUGUGUUGUGGUUUAUUGUUUUGUUGAUAUAAUAUUUGUAUAGAUUGUACUGCUUAUU